AUGCCUCCUGUGGGAAACGACACCGGGAAGAAUGAGCUCAGAUCUCGGAUUCAGCAGCUCAUUGACUCCAACCAAGUGAUGAUUUUCAGCAAAAGCCGCUGCCCGUACUGCGUUAGGGUGAAAGAGCUUUUCACACAGUUGAAAGUCACAUGCAAUGUGGUGGAGUUGGACCUCAUGGAGGAAGGAUCCAGCUACCAGGAGAUGCUGCUGGAGAUGACAGGACAGAGAACGGUUCCAAAUGUCUUUGUCAACAAGAAGCACGUCGGCGGCUGUGACAAUACAAUGCAGGCUCAUAGAGACGGCAGCCUGCAGCAGCUACUUACCCCUGACAGUCCAUCAUAUGACUAUGACCUGAUAGUCAUCGGAGGAGGCUCUGGGGGCCUGGCCUGCUCAAAGGAAGCUGCUAUACUUGGAAAGAAUGUCAUGGUGCUGGACUACGUUGUACCAACACCAAAAGGAACCACCUGGGGCCUUGGAGGCACCUGUGUCAACGUGGGCUGCAUUCCAAAAAAGCUCAUGCACCAGACGGCUCUUUUGGGGGUAGCCAUGCAGGACGCUCGCAAGUACGGCUGGGAGUUUGAUGAGACAGUGAAACACAACUGGGAGACGAUGAAGAUGGCGGUGAACAACUACAUAGGCUCCUUAAACUGGGGCUACAGGGUUGCACUGAGAGACAAAAAAGUCAACUAUGUCAAUGCCUAUGCAGAGUUCAUCGAACCACACAAAAUCAAGGCAACAAACAAACGAGGGAAGGAGACGUUUUACACUGCAGCCAAUUUUGUCCUGGCUACUGGAGAGAGGCCGCGCUACCCAGGAAUCCCAGGAGACAAGGAGUACUGCAUUACAAGUGACGACCUUUUCUCAUUGCCAUACUGCCCUGGAAAGACCCUGGUUAUCGGGGCCUCGUAUGUGGCCCUGGAGUGUGGAGGCUUCCUGGCUGGUUUGGGUCUUGAUGUCACCAUCAUGGUUCGGUCCAUUCUGCUGAGAGGCUUUGACCAAGACAUGGCCAACCGUGCCGGGGAACACAUGGAAGAGCAUGGGAUUAAGUUCAUCCGCAAAUUUGUUCCUAUCAAGAUAGAGGAGCUGGAAGCAGGCACUCCAGGAAGGCUGAAGGUGACGGCUAAGUCCACAGAAAGUGAUGAGCUCAUCGAGGGAGAGUACAACACUGUGCUGAUAGCCGUAGGCAGAGACGCCUGCACAGACAAACUUGGUCUGGACAAGACCGGGGUCGUCGUCAACGCAAAGAAUGGAAAAAUUAGGGUUAACGACGAAGAGCAGACGAAUGUGCCUCACAUCUAUGCCAUUGGAGAUAUUCUGGAAGGCAAGUGGGAACUGACACCUGUUGCAAUCCAGGCUGGCAAACUGUUGGCUCGGCGCCUUUACAGUGGAUCAAGUAUCAAGUGUGACUACAUCAACGUUCCCACAACCGUUUUUACUCCCCUUGAGUAUGGUGCCUGUGGCCUGUCGGAGGAAAGAGCUGUUGAGAUGUACGGACAGGAGAACAUCGAGGUGUUCCACAGUCUGUUCUGGCCUCUGGAGUUCACUGUUCCUGGCAGGGACAACAACAAGAGCUACGCCAAGGUCAUCUGCAAUAAACUGAACAGGGAUCAAGUGAUUGGGUUCCACUACCUGGGUCCUAAUGCGGGGGAGGUGACACAGGGCUUCGGUGUAGCCAUGAAGUGUGGCGUUACCAAGGAGCAGCUGGAUGGAACCAUUGGUAUUCACCCAACAUGUGCUGAGAUCUUCACCACCUUGGAGGUGACCAAGAGGUCUGGUGGUGACAUCACCAAGGCUGGCUGCUGAGGUUAAACCCUGCUGGUUUAGCUAGCUGCUCUCAUAUCAGAACCUU